GUGCGCGCGCACACACACACACACACACAAACGAGUUGAUCGCUGCCUGCCGGUCGGUUCGCUCUCUCCUCUCGCACGCCCCCGAGCUCCCGCGGCAGCGCGUAGGUAUAUAAGCGAUGCGCGCAGCGUCGCGUGAAUCCAAAGUGUCUUUUGCGUUGAUCAUGAGCGGAACUACGCUGCGCCUCGGGAAACCGAUCCUCCCGGCUCUCGCCUACUUGUUCCUCUUCGCAGCCGCGCAGCCGACGAAAGAAUGCGACAAGUCGCAAUGCGAAGGACCCCUCAAGUACUACGAAGAUCUGAAGUGCAAGCCCGUCUAUGAAAAACCGGCCGACUGCUGCGCCGUUCGAUACGACUGCUCGCAUCUGAGUGGUAGAUCGGCCGACAAGUGCUAUGCGGACGGCACUGAAUACGCAGUUGGCGAGCACCUAAAGGACGAGGAUCGAUCCAGUCCGUGCGACAUUGGCUGCUUCUGCAGCACGGGAUACAACGAUGUAGCAAGGUUCACCUGCGCCGCCGUGGAUUGCUUCAACAUCAUGAUGGUCAAGGAAGGUUGCUAUUUCAGACACAGCCUGGAUUCUUGCUGUGGCGGAGAAGAAGUGUGUCCCAACAGUGCCGAGGAAGAGAAAAUCAAGUGCGAAGUUGACGGAAGAACCUAUUUCGAUGGCCAAUCGUUCUAUCCUCAAGAGGACCCCGAACUUUCCUGUCGCUGUAUGCAGGGCUACAAAGGUGAGAAUGUAGAGCCAUUCUGCAAGACUUCAAAAUGCGGAACGGAGCUGAGGCACGGCUCGGAGAUUCGCGACAACUGCGUUCCCGUGUUCUACAGCGGCCAGUCUCCAAAAACCAGUUGCAGUAUUUCCUACAGAUGCCAAAAUAACAAGGACGCUGUCAUCCACAAAGAGAGCGACAAAUCUGAGAAAUCUGAUGCACAAGAAGCUUCAGAUGACAUGACGUGUAAGUUCGGAUCUAUGAGAAUGCACAUUGGCGAUGAAUUGAAUCAAGCAACCGACUACAGCUCUGUGUGCGUCAAGUGCGUGUGCGAGGUGCCGCCCACGCCCACCUGUCAAAUGCUUCCCGAUGAAGAGUGCGAUGUCAGAAAUCAUCCCCCGUUCGAACAUUGAUUGGAGCUGUGUUAUUUUUUGCUAUAUACUUUAUAAUUUUAAGUGCCAACUAUUUGAUGUGUUUUAGUAAUGGUAGUGUGCAUUAUAGUAUUAACUUCCUGUGAUAUAUCGGCAAUAAUGGGAAAAUAUUAGUUGAAAGUACACAUUGUUUUUGUAUCGAAGCUACCGUAUACAAUGACACAUGACAAUUUUCUUAAUAAAUUAAGUAUAAUAAAUAGUAAUUCUCUUUA